GGACGCGGGAGGCGAUCCUCCUCGCAGGCCGCCGCCGCCGCCGCCGCCGCUGCGCGCGUCUUCCUGGAAGAGGCGCCCCGUCCCGGUGGUGGCACGCGCGCGCCCAGACGGCGAAGGUGGCGCCCGCGAUAAGGCGGCCCCUAUCGGGACCUCGCAGGCAGCAACAGCCGCCGACGGCGAGGAGGAGCUGCCGGGGAGACGGGCAGCGGGCACAUCCCCAACGCCGAGAAGGGAGGGAAGGAGAGCGGGCGGCGUCAAGGCACCGCGCUGGACGCGCACCGGAGGCUCGACAGCUCGGCUGCCCGGGCGGACGCACGGACGCCGCGGCAGAAGCCCACCCGCCGCCCAGGUGCGAUCCCCGGAGGAGAUGUAGCAAAGAGGCAACAGACCCGCUAACCAGGAACCAUGUCGGUGAAACUCACAUUUGACUCCCCUGCUGAUGGGAGAAGGAUCAGCAGGAGCUGCUCCUUUGCUGGGUUCAGCAAUGCGCAGAGCCGAAAAUUAAUGAAGUCUCUCAGCAAAGGUUCUACGAGGUCUAAAAUGUCAGUGAAAUCUGCCAAGACCUAUCCCUCUCUGCAGAAAGGGAUGGUCAUCUGGGAUCCCAAGCCACAACAAGUGAAGAAAGUUUUUGAAGCUUUGAAGAAAGGACUCGAUGAAUAUCUGGAAAUGCAUCAGGCAGAGCUGGAUUACCUCUCAGAAUGCCACAAAGAUACAAGAAGAAACUCAAGGCUGGCUUUCUACUAUGAUUUGGAUAAGCAAAUCCGCUCUGUCGAAAGGUAUAUCAGGAAACUGGAAUUUCAUAUAAGCAAGGUAGAUGAAUUAUAUGAAGCUUACAGCAUCCAGUGCAGGCUGCGAGAUGGUGCUUCAAAUAUGAAACAUGCCUUUUCCUUGUCCCCGUCCACAAAAGCAUCAAGAGAGAGCCUGGUGGAACUUUAUAAAAACCUUCAAGAAUGCACAGAGGAUAUGUGUCUGAUAGAGGGUACCCUCGAAGUGCAUUUGGGAGAGUUUCAUCUGAAAAUGAAAGGGUUAGUAGGAUAUGCACGUCUCUGCCCAGGGGACCAGUAUGAGGUGUUUGUACGGCUGGGGCGCCAAAAGUGGAAACUGAAAGGCCGGAUUCUGACCGACGACAGUCAAACGUGGGAUGAGGAGGAAAAAGUUUUCAUACCCAACCUCCAUGAGAAGUUUGAAAUCAAGGUCACAGAACUGCGGGGACUUAGCACCCUGUUGGUUGGCAUGGUGACAUGUGACUGCAUCGACUUCUUCACAACCCGGCCUCAAGCCAUCAUUGUGGAUAUAACUGAACUGGGCACCAUCAAACUGCAACUGGAGGUCCUCUGGAACCCUUUUGACACUGAAAGCCUCGUCUUGUCUCCUGGAUCUGCCUCCAAGUUUUCUGUGGGGAGCAGGAAAAACUCCAUAUAUAGCUGGACCCCACCAAACACUCCCAGCUUCCGAGAGAAAUAUUACCUUUCUGUUUUGCAGCAAGGGAAAAAACAAGCAGAUAUCAGGGACGAGGCCCGAGAUCCCUGCAUCCUGAGCUACUUGGAUGACUGCGAUUUUGACAUGAGUCUGAGGAGCACCAGCCACAGCCUUACGGAGACGACAGAAGGCAGCUCGUUCAGCUCAGAGGACCCGAAAGGGGCAGAAAGCAGGAACGUGACGCCACCUUCGAAUCAGAGGGCGCUGCCCAUGCCACUGACUAUCCUACAAGAUGCUUGUGUGGCGGGAGAGCAGCAGGACCUUCUGCUGUGCCAAACUCCCAGCCGCAGGACUCUAGACAUCCUACAAGAGACGACCCAUGCUGACCCCGCUCUCGCCACACCAACGCACCCACUGGAUCAGGAGAAAGUGGGGAGCAAGUCCACCGUCUGGGACAGGCGUAACCAUUUAGUACAGCAAAGGAAGGUCCUCUCUGCUGGUCGAAGAGGAUCGAGAGCCAAUUCUGAUGUCAGAGCUGGUAGAAGGACUAAGUUGAUUGAGAAGACGCUUCAGGAAGUGUUGCUUUUGUUGAAAUCCCAGCAUCCGAGCCCUAUCCAACUGGAGGAAUUGGAAUACCAGCUUUUCUGCAUCCGGGGCAAAUUAAAGCUGAAAAAGUACCAACUGAAACACUCCUCUGUGGAGAGCUUGAUGGUUGAGACAGUGCUGGAAAGCUUUGACUUCCUCAAUGCUGACGGCAGUGCGGAUGAACUGUCAUCUCUUGGGAGCGUAAGGACCCGCAGUACCAGCACCAGCAGCUACAACAAAGCCACACUUCCAUCCCUGGGCUAUGAUACCAAAAGAGAAAAGAAGGAGUUAACCACAGGCAGUGAUGACCUAGAUACACUUCUAGAAGCACACCUGCAGUUCUGCAGAGCUCUUCUGCAGAAACUUGUCCUGCCAAACUUAGCUCCAAUUGUCCAGCAGAGCCUUUUGGAAGAGUUGUCACAACAGAAACAUGUUCUGGAGAUAAUCUCUGCUCUGGCUGCUUCUGUGCCGCGGAACCUGACUUCUGUGGAAGAGAUCAUUCAAAAAGCUAAAAAGCAGAAGCGCUGCCUGAAGAUUUGGAGUGAGUGCACUGAGCGGGGGAGCAUUUUAUUCUGUCCGGCGGAGAGAUUUUGGAACCCUUUGAAAUACAUACUGAUGUUCAAAACAAAAGAGAACUAUCAAGGACACAUAGAAAAAGUUUUGCAGCUGUUCCUGGAGCAGAUAGUUGGAGGCAGCCUGCUCUUUUCCUCGACGGAUCUCCCAGCUGAAUCAGUGACAUUAUUCCAGUUUUACAGCUACCUGGAGAAGCACCACGUGAACAAUUUGGAAAAACACCUGGCCAGAUUUGCUAAAGAAGUGAUGCUGACUGAGGACCUGCAGCGUCCUGGGAGAAUGAAGAAAAUAAAGAAACUGAAAGGGAAGCGACUCAGCCGACUGCAACCCCUUCCACAGACCUUACAGCUCCUUGCCGUUCUACAGCUUGAUGAAAACCAUCGUAUGGGCAAGGCAGCCAUGUUGUGUCUCUCUCGGGCGGCAGCUGAUAGGAAUUUCAGGGAAAAGGCUCUGCUUUUUUACACAGAUGCCUUAAGUAACGAUGAUGCGAAAUUGCAGCAAGCCGCAUGUCUGGCCCUCAAAAACCUCAGAGGUGUGGAAAGCAUAGAGCAAAUUGCCAGACUGUGUCUAUCAGAAUCAGAGGAAGUGCGGAACGCCGCCAGAGAAACGACUCUUUCAUUUGGUGACAAAGGACGGCUGGCUUUUGAAAAGAUCGACAAGAUCUGCUGUGAGCUGAGGGAUACCAUGUACCAAGAAGCUGAAAUAGAAAUCACAGUAUUUUAAGCAGUACCUUUGAGGGAGAGGCCAGAUAAUCUUGUACCAUCUGCAAUUCGGCUACAAGAGUGUGGAAAAAGCACACAAAUGUUAAAUCUGUCUCGGCUGGAUUUAAAAACAAAUUAUCUCGAGAAUGAGCAGAGUUUCUGCACGGUGCAAAAUUUCUUUGGGUGACUCUGAUCUUAUAACCAGAAAGGUACUGUGUAAACCAUUAAAUAUCAGCUCCCUCGUCUUCAGUAUCACAGGAAACAUUCACCCUGAACUAAGAAGGCAUCCGAAAAUCUUGCACUGAAGUUCUCCAUUUGGAGGAGAGGAGACAGAAGCAGCUUCUUUUUUGACUGUGAGAUGUUUUCUUAGGAAUAACCAAGGUGUUUCAAAAAGGAGAGAAAAAGAAAACCACAAGGAUGGGCCAAACUGGGAUUGCAGUGAGUGGUGUUAAUGAAGACUUUGCAGCCCUCUGCAACUUCAAUCCAACCUGCCCCCCCCUUUUUAGGCCAUAGGAAAAUAACUUGCAUAUUUAUUUGCUUAAUAUUGUGGACAAGGACUUCCACACAAUCUCUAAAGUAAUUAGCGACAGUAAAUUAACCUGAAAUCUUCUUUCAAAGGGCACCUUGUUCUGGCAGCGGAAGUAUUGGGGUCUUAAGAUAAGACUGAAAAACAUGGGGUUUGUGACCCUAGAGCAUUGCAGAGUUGGAAGAGGUUAACAGCUAAAGAAUCCUCACCUCUUACUUCCCACCAUUAAGCCCCUGAACCAUUCUUCUAGUAUACACACACCAGAAUCUAGCGCCAGGAAAAACUGAGAAGCCAGCUAUUCCCAUGAGUGCUUAAUUCUGGGUUUAUAAUCUUAACCGAGAAGCUGUUUUUAAGUGGACUGUUGCUGCAAUACUAAGCACAUUUACAUUGAUCUUUUACUGAGCUUGGUGAGAUGCACAUUUGAGUAAACAGGUGCAGAUGCUGAUGAACACCACGUACCAUCUUUUUUUAACACAGGUGGUGCUGGCAGGAGCUGAAUGCAGUUGGG